AUGGGAUCUAAUCUUGGGCAUUCUAUCCAUCUUAUGCUCUCAUCGAACCUCCUUGGCGACGGUUCUAUCCGUAUUCGUUCAGUGCCAGGCAAGGGGUCGACCUUGCUACUUACCCAAGACGAUGCUCAUUACGAGGACGAUGCAGAAGACCAGAGUCACCCCGAAGAAGACGACAUCGAGCUGAAGAACUACAUCGACGACUUCGCAGAUGCUCUCAAGAAGCAGUCAGCGACUGAGAUUGAGGACACCUUCAAUGAGAAGCUGGCCGAGAUGGUCUACGGCUCAAACAUGAUCGAGGCGGUCGGCAGCAGCCUCGACAUCACAAAUGAGCUCUGCCGAGACAUUUUCGCCGGGGGAACAGACGCAGACGACGUUGAGAUCAGCGAUCAUGAUCCAGCUUAUAAGGCUAUCCAGACGGAACUCAUCGAGAAGUGCAAGCCUAGUGCACAUAAAGACGUGCUCCGAACCCGGCGCGAGGUUGUCCAGCACGCAAAGGCUGCAUACUACAUCAUGAACGAAGUCGCCAUCAAGGGAAAGGGCCUAUCCGACGAGAACAUCCUAGAAACCCACCGUCUCUUGACGUAUAAAAUCGAUAGUCCGGAUGGCAUUCCCUCAAGCGAGUAUGGGGGGAUUUAUCGAGAUUGCCCAGUCCAACGCGGCUUCAACUCUUUCCCUCAUCAGUCUACAGUCCCAAAAGCCAUUCGAGAUCUGACAGCCUCUCUUAAAGCUGACAUCGCAGCAGCAGAGGAGAGCGGAAAGAUUGACCCUGUGGCUCUAGCUGCCAAAUACUGCCAUAAAUUCGUCAACAUCCACCCUUUCCUCGACGGCAACAGCCGGACAUGCCGUCUUAUUCUGAAUACAAUUCUUCUCAAGUGUGGUGGUUGCUUCGUUUGGUUCGGAAAGAAUCCAAUGGAGCGUGAGGAGUAUUUGGAUAUUGCAGCAGAGGGAUUCGCUGCUGAGGCUAUGGCUACGCAACAGGAGGAAAUGGAUGAUCUACCGGAGGGUUUCAAGCCCAAACACCACAAGAAGCUGGCCACAUUCAUUCUUAAGCAUGUGUAUAAAUACGUUAGCAUAUUCAAUUAA